AUUCAUCCCACCUUCGUUAUUUCCCGUCGAGACCUACAGUAAAGCAACAAGUUGCGGCAGCCACUCGCUUGAAGGUCCUUCAGGCACAAGGAACGGGCUGAACGCUACCUUACCUACCUAGGCACCCCUAAGAACGCUCAAGAAGUACAAAAAAAAGUAGUCAAUCAUCCAUUAUAGGACUGUUUGCUUUCAACGCGCAAAAGCACUCCCCACAGGCCGCCACAGACUUUGACAAGGAGAGAACAACAAAAGACACAGCAUCCUCUAUUAUUUGCCGUAACCCAGUAUGGAUUUUGGAAACAUGGAGGACGCGCAGAACUCUGCACCCGGCAGCAUGCAAAAUGCCAAGCUUGGCAUGUCAAACAAAGGCCCGGAUUCACAAAGUGUGACGAAGAGGUUGCAAACCGAACUGAUGCAGCUCAUGACCUCCCCAGCGCCCGGAGUAUCCGCCUUCCCAUCUGCCGACGGUAACUUGCUUUCCUGGUCUGCCACCAUCGAGGGCCCAGAUGACACACCGUACACAGGCCUGACGCUCAAGCUCUCGUUCGCCUUCCCCCCCAACUAUCCCUACUCACCGCCAACCGUGCUCUUCAAGACGCCCAUAUACCAUCCCAACGUCGACUUCUCGGGACGCAUCUGCCUUGAUAUCCUCAAAGACAAGUGGACGGCCGCGUACAACAUCCAGACUGUGCUGCUCAGUCUCCAAAGUCUCUUAGGCGAACCGAACAAUGCCUCGCCGCUGAACGGUGAAGCUGCAGAGCUGUGGGACAAGGACAUGGACGAGUUCAAGCGCAAGGUUUUGGCACGUCAUCGGGACAUCGACGAAGAGUAAAUUGGAGCUUUAUUAAUGAUUUUACGCAGCCGGUGGGAUGGCUUGGUUUUGUUUGGGAUAUUCUCCUUUCAAAACGGUUGGACAAUGGGCAUUUCUGAAUUUCUUAUUGGGGAGUCGAGUACUUGAGCGUUAUCUGUAGUUCUCUUUGCCUGCCCUUGUUGUUACAUUAUACAUGGGUUUUGCAUGGUAUUGAGUUGAUUCAGCCGAACGGUUGGUCGUCCUCUGGCAUUGGGACGUUUUCAUGACCGCAUGGCAGCGAUCUAGUCUAACAAGCAGUUGUAGUUCAUCGGUGCACUGGAAUACGAUCGUUCAUGUCGUCUACUCUCUAGACUGGCAGAUCAAGACGAUCAUCCCUAGACAUGGCAGCAGACGCGUCCAAACCAUUCCUAUGUGAAAACCCCCAUCCAGUAGACGCUGGUU